AUGCUUUCCGUCGUCGUAGUGCAAACUUGCUUCACCCUGAUGGCAUUUGCAGCACUGGUACCCGGCGGUACCCCCGAAACGCUGCCAAGCCGAUUCACCAACCCCACCACGCAAUCACUCAUCGGUGCCAUCUUUGACCAGAUCGACCACGUGGACAUUGUAAUCGGCGGCCAAGAUCAAACCGAUCAGCUCGAAGAACAAAUCGAUCAGCUUGUCCGUGGAACAACCAACCAGUCGGGAGUCCUCCAGCGUAAAAGCGUCCGCAUCUACGGUCAAGCAUUCCCCGCGGAGGAAGGAUGCACCGGGGAACGAUCACUACUAUCCAGUAGGAUACACGCGGAGGCACUAGACUCGCUGGAAACCAUCGAUCGGGACUACGAAGAUGAGUUCGAGUUCAUCAAGUGGGAUCGAUCGUACGACACGUUCGUUAAGAUCUGGGAUCAGAAUCAACACUACGGAUACGUUGCGUUUGUCGAUUUGAACACGUUCGAAACGUUGAUGCGAUGUUUGCUGGAUCCUACCGGAACGUAUCUGAUCGUACUGGACAGGGUGGAUGAAUUUAAACCGGAUAAGGUUGGGCGACUGAUGAAAUCUAUUUGGAGCAAUCAGGGAGUGUAUAGGAUCUUCGUACUGGCGGGGGAUAGAAUUCAUACGUUCGAUCCUUUUCUGAUCAGAAACGGUACGUUUGGGACUUUGGUAGAGCUGACUGACGUCAGCGUGAUACCCACGGUUCCAACGCAGAACUUCAAUGGCUAUCCGCUGAGAAUCGACAUAUUUCGAUCGACCUACAGUGAUCAGAUCGUGGGCAAAAAUGGCACUAAAAGUGAUUUGACGGGACCGGAUGUGGUGGCUAGUAAGGUUUUCGCCAAAAAGCUGAAUUUCACAGCUAUUCGACUGCCUCCGGAUAAGGACAAUUUCGGCGUUCGACUUCCAAAUGGCAGCUUCAACGGGGCCGUCGGUCGUCUAAGUCGUCACGAAAGUGACGUCUCGUUUGUUGGAUUUUUCAUCAAAGACUACUUCAGUCGAGAUAUUGAGUUCACGUCCGGAGUGUACGCGGACGAGCUGUGCUGUCUGGUCAAGAAGGCUAGUAGAAUACCGGAGUAUCUGCUGCCGGUUACAAUUUUUCCUCCGGAGCUUUGGGGUCUACUGUUUCUGGCGGGGAUUGUCUGUACGGUUGCUUGGAUCUCUAUUCGAAUGGCAAUACAAGCUGUAGCGGCUUCACGGAGCAGAUGGUCGCAGAAGUACCGCUUUGCGUAUUUAUUCAACCUGCCGGACGAGAUACGGGAUGCUCCGUUGUAUCGUAAACUGAUUCAGAUAUGUAUAGACACCUACAUUCUGCUGUUGAGUGCUACGUACAUUCGCUUUACUCGUUCAGGAAUUGAACGACUGCUACUCUUCGGUAUUCUGAUGGUCAGCUUGAUUUUCACUUCCGUGUUCCAAUCGGGACUAUCUUCCGUGUUUGUGACUCCUGUCUACUACAAGGACAUCAACAGUCUUCAACAGCUAGACCAGUCUGGUUUCAAGAUACCAGUCAAGUAUCAAGGCUUCAUGGAUGAUGUAUUUCCGGCAAACUACAGCGCCAUGAUGGAAUCGCUACGUAACAAAAUGGUUCUACGGGUGACGAACGAGUCCAUGUUGGCACAGGUGUCCCGAAUCGGUACAAUCGCUACCGUCACUCGUAAAACAACGCUUUCCCUCGACAAUGCCAUCUACCUAUCGACGAAGCAACUAUACAUGGUUCCGGAGUGCCCCCGGACGUACAAUCUGGCUUACGUGGUUCCGCGACAUUCGGUACUACUGAAGCGGAUCAAUGUCCUGCUGCAGCGACUGCUGAACGGUGGCUUGAUCAAUCACUGGAUCAGCGUGAUGAACUACAACGUGACGCUGAACCAUUGGGAGCAGGUGCGAAACUCUCAGGAACCGACGCUGAAGGUUCUAACCGUACUGGAUAUGCAGUUUCCGUUCUAUCUGCUAGUGAUCGGGCUGGGCAUCAGUACCGGAGUGUUCGUCGUUGAGCUUAUCUACUACAGAGUCAAUCAUUUGCCAUUCAUCAAUUGA